GUCCCAAAUGAUUGGAGCUAUGAAGAAAUGUGGAGCACGUUUAUGAAGUUCGGUCGUGUUUAUGACAUCUAUUCUCCAAAUAGAAGAAGCAAGAAUGGGAGUAGAUUUGGCUUUGUGAGAUUUCUAGGGGUGAUAGACAAGAAGGAACUGAAAAGGAAGUUAGACCAGAUUUGGGUAAGAGAUUGAAAAUUGUGGGUGAAUAUGCCAAGGUAUGAUUCUGAGAAGAAAGAAGGUGGGGUGAAAAGAAAAAGUAGCGGAAUGAUGGCUGUAGCUCAAAAUAGAAGUUAUGUUGAGGUGGUAAAAGGAACACAAGAGAAGGAGAUGGUAGGGGAUCAGAGCAUACAGAGCAUGGUCAUCCGAAGCAGAAAUAGAUGUAAUGACAAAGAAAUUAAGAAGCAUGCAGGGCAAGACAAGCAUAGGAGAUACAGAGAUAGUAGUAGACACGAUCACCAGCAAACCGCUAAUAGGAAAAUGUGGAAAGAAAGAGGAAAGGGAGAAACCUGGGCAGGUAUGGAGUUCAACAUCAAACCGGAAGAGUAUGCUUGGCUCGAAGGCAGCUAUGUUGGAAUAGUGCAUUAUAUGGAGAUGAUGACAGCAAAAGAGAGAUUUGUGUGGAUAAGGUGUCAAGGAUCACCAAUGAAUGUCUGGGGAAGUGAAUUCUUUUCAACCAUGGGUAGCUCAUGGGGAAAUUUUAUUUUCUUGGAUGACAGUACAAGCAAGAAGGAAAGGUUUGACACUGCUAGAUUUUUUAUUUCUACUUCAGUAAUGGAGACAAUCAAAGUUUCAAGGGAAAUCAAAAUCAAUGAAAGUGUAUUCAAGCUAAAAUUUACAGAGGAGGAAUUCACCAAUUGUUUCUUCUCUUUGAAACAUGAUUUCAUGCCUUCCUUUAAUAGCGACUCUGAAGAUAAUGAAACAUGGUCUACCGGAACAAAGUCGGAGAUGCAGGAUGAGGAAGAUGAAAAGAGGAAGGAGGAGGUUCAAGCCGGGUGUUCAAUUGAAGAAGAUGAUGACGUAAUAGGACGUAGGAGAGAUGAAGAAAGAAGAAAUGUAGUACAAACCAACAAGAAAGUAAGGGAUUCAGCAGAAAUCAUUGGUGACAACCUGGAGAAAAUUCAAAAUUCAAAUGCAAUUGAAAGAAGUAGGUGGACAAACGGCGUGGCUACAGGACAGAUGGUGCAAGCCUCAUUUUCGAAAAUUGGAGAUACAAAAGUAGAAGAAAAUAAUCACAAAAUGAAGCCUAGUAAUCAACCGGUGAUAAGGCCCACCUUGCAAGAAGAAAGCCAAAGGGUAAUGGAGUCCACAAAUGUGGAAGUGGCCCAAAAAGAAACACUGAAGGAGAUCUCAAUUACAUCCCAAAAUAGAGACAUUUCUAGAACCGGAGAAUCUGCAGAAGAGAAGGGCGAUGAAGAAGAAGAUGCAUUCUGGAAGGGUCAUGAAUCAGAGAGAAGCCGAAUAGAAGAAUGGAUCGGCAAUCAGUUGGAGGAGAUCAACCCAAAAAACGGUAGAAGGAAGGUCAGAAGGUGUAGCUCAGUGUAUAUCCAACCCAGAAAUAGUGAGGCAACGGAUGGAAAGGUUGCUAGAGAUUUAGUAGGGGACAGUGAGAUACAUAAUUGCAACAGGGCAUUGAAGAAACAAUGGCAAAACCAACUUGCAAAGGAGAUAUGGGACUUGGCGACGCAGCUUGGAGCGGUGGCGGAGAAUGACAAUGAGGUGAUUCAACGAAUUGAGGAGAUGCAGGCUAGAUACCGAAGCGCAAAAAGGAUUAUGGUAAACCAAGAGGUUGAAGUCGGUGGGAAGGUCGACUGGGGUCCAAAACCGUUCAGAUUUUUUGAUGCUUGGUUGGAACAACCGGGAUGCAAGGAGGUGAUUACAAGUGCAUGGUGUGACAACGAAGUGGAGGUUCCAACAACAUGGCAGACUGGCAAAGGGUCCAAUGCCUCCUUCAUUGUGUUAAUUCCAAAGACAAAAAAUCCACAAGCAAUUGAGGAAUUUAGACCCAUUUCCCUGAUAGGAGUCACAUACAAAAUCAUUGCAAAGCUAUUAGUGAAUCGAUUACAGAAGGUGUUACAUAAGGUGAUUGGGGAGCAACAGAUGGCGUUUAUUGAAGGAAGACAAUUAGUGGAGGGAGCAGUGAUUGCAAAUGAGAUUAUUGAUGAAGUCAAGAGGAAAAAGAAGAAGGGAUUUCUAUUUAAAGUCGACUUCGAGAAAGCCUACAACAAGGUAUGCUGGGAAUUUAUUGACUACAUGAUGAUGAGGAUGGGAUUCUGUGCAACUUGGAGGAAAUGGAUACAGGAGUGCUUGAAGUCGAGCUCGGUGUCUAUUCUAAUCAAUGGCAGUUCGACGAACCAAUUCCCGGUUAAUAAAGGCAUCCGUCAAGGAGAUCCAUUAUCCCCUUUUUUAUUCUUGAUAGUGGCAGAUGGACUGAAUGGAUUAGUGGAAUCGGCAGUGGAAAAGGAGAAGUACAAAGGAGUGGUAAUCGGGAGCAGAGAUGUGAUGGUCUCACACCUUCAAUUUGCGGAUGACACAAUUUUCUUUGGAGAUGCAACAGAAGACAAUAUUUGGGUGAUCAAAUGUAUUAUGAGGACAUACGAGUUAGCCUCUGGGUUGAAGAUUAAUUUCAGAAAGAGCCAGUUGAUUGGUGUAGGAGUUGAUCAAAAUUGGUGUGCUAAAAUGGCAUAUCAAUUGUGCAGCAAGGAAGGAAAAUUGCCAUUUAGCUGGGAUAAAGUGUGUAAAAAGAAAGAAGAAGGAGGUUUAGGUGUGAGGUACUUGAGGAAAUUCAAUUUGGCAUUGAUGGGUAAAUGGUGGGGAAGGCUUGCAGAAAAUGGGGAGGGCAUGUGGAAAAAAAUUAUUGUUGAGAAGUAUGGAAAGGGAGGGGGUCAUUGGCAGGAUUGGAUAGAUGAAAAUAGAGGAGUAAGAUCAACUUGGUGGAGGGAUGUGUGUGGUAUCAACACAAUGGAUGGGGGCAGCAAUGGAUGGCUAAAAGAGGGCUUUAGGGUCAAUAUUGGGGAGGGUAACACUAUCAGUUUCUGGUGGGAUAAAUGGAGGGGAGAGGAGUGUCUUGCUAAUAUGUUUCCAAGACUAUAUCUUUUAUCUACAGAGAAGAUGAAGAUGUGCAGUGAAAUGGGAAGUAGAACAAAUGGUUUGUGGGAGUGGAACUUAACUUGGAGAAGGAAUUUGUUCGAUUGGGAAAAGGAAGAGGCAAUGGAAUUACACAACACAAUUCAAAGCGUGCAGACUUCACAAGGAUGCAUGGAUAGCUGGGAGUGGACCCACAGCAAGGAUGGCCAAUAUUCAACAAAAUCAGCAUAUGCAAUUUUAACAAAAGAGGAGAGGGAAGCAACCGAAAUCACAACCUUCACAAGAAUUUGGAACUCCGUUUUGCCAAACAAAAUCUCGACAUUCAACUGGCAAUUACUAUUAGAUAGGAUUCCAACUAAAAUGAACAUGUUAACAAGAGGGAUCAUCAAAGACAUUCAAGAUUGCAAGUGCGGAAUAUGCGGUGAGGAAGAAGAGGACACAAAGCAUCUGUUUCUAAAAUGUAACAUGGUCCGAUGGUUAUGGAUGGCUUGUGCAAAAUGGUGGGGUAUUAAAGUUACAUUGGAAGCGGACUGCUAGAAUACCUUUCAAGUUGCUGGAAGAGAACCAAAAGAGAAAUGUAUUAGAGAUGGAUGGGAUUACAUUUGGAAUUCUCUAGUGUGGACAGUGUGGCUGGCCCGAAAUCAAAAAACAUUCCAAGGCAAAGAGAUUAACCGGGAGAAGCUGCUGGAACUCAUCCAAUUAAAGUCGUUCCAUUAGA